AUGUCAAAACCCGAAAGUUCAGAAUGGCUGCUUGGGGAUGAAUCCGUUGAUACAAAGCCCACAUACUCAAAGGUUGAAGGAAGAGCACUUUCGAACUUCAUCAUAGGGGCAAGUUUAAUUAUUCUUACAGUAUUGAAUAUUACCCAAUACUGGAGGUCAAUUACAGCGCCUAAUCCUUCUCAGAUUGUUUAUAGUAAGCUCCCUAUGAUCUCCUGAACAAAUGUUUCUAAAUUAUGAAGGCCCUGUACAGCAUUUGUUGAGCUACGAGUUACGGGAAUUUGGGACAGGCAAACCUGGCGAUCCAUCACCAUAUUUUGGCGAGCCAUCUACUAAACUUGACAGAGCAUGGCGAGAUUUAUAUCCAAGUAUGAUUCCCAAAGUCAAAUGAUACAAGAUUAACAGUACUGUAGGUGUUUAUCAACUUAUUCCAAAGGAAUCAGCGGCUCAGCUUGUGGAGAAAACACUCAUUUUCCCACACGACCCUCAACGGCGAUACGUCGUCGAGUUAGAGGUGUUUCAUUUGAUCCAUUGCUUGGUAAGUUACAAGUUUCCGUUCGUUUGAUGAGUCUAGCGGUAAUAAUUUCUACCUCACCAGAACAUGAUUCGCAAAUCCACUCGUCCAGACUACUACAAGGGAUUCGCACCAGGAAUCGUAAACAGCCACACUGAAGACCUUCUUUUCGGUCCAGAACAUGUCAGCCACUGCAUAGAAUCAAUUCGACAAGCAAUUAUGUGCCAUGUAGAUGUCACUCCGUAUACUUGGAUCUGGAACUCUACGUCAGGGCAUAUGCAGAAUGUUUUCGCAACACCACAUACGUGUAGGAAUUUUGAUGCAAUCAGAGACUGGGCAAGGCCGGAAAACAAUGGAGGGAAUGUCUCCGCGGGCUUUGAUGGUCUCUAUAGGGAAAUGAAUGAUCCACUAGAUAAGAGUACUUGGAUAAACGGAUACAGAGGGGACUGA